AUGAAUGAUCCUAACUCCAAGUAUGAGUGCCAGAACGAUACACUGAAGGAGUCAUCUGUGAAGCCACCCCUUCAAUUCUUCAACCCUCAUGAAUUUAUGGUUACUAAUGAGAAUCCCAUUUUGCCCAAGGAAAAUGAAGCAAAGUUGGUUAUUAACCAUUUUCCCAAUAUCUACGAGCCUCGCGAUUCAUUAGCUUAUGCUACAACGAGAAUAAUAAGGAUACCGAGGAUAUAUAGUACUGUUCGAGACUCAGAUUUUAUUCCGCAAUUCCUGACAUAUGUUCCAGGCUCUGAGCCAGCAGCUAUAUCCAAUGAAGACAUCACUGUAUUUGAAGCCAAAGGAAGGUAUGACGACGCAGAGUUUGGAUAUACAUCGUUGACUCCAUUGGUGCCAGGGUUGAUAUCUGAAACUGAAUUUGAGACUAUUGUAAAGACGAUAAACCAGCAUUUGUACGAUUCUUUGAAUCCAUAUAAUGGGCAUUUAUUCAUAGAAAAUGUGCUUGAAUUUCUUACUGGGGGUGUUUAUUCAAAGGUGAUCAACAAGUAUUUGUUCACAGGGUAUUCGAAGAGACGACUUCAGGAUUUGGAGGCAUAUAUAGAGCAUUUGAAUACGGAAGUAUUCAAAGGUCGAGACGGUUUAAAGAUUAUAAAUCCGAGAUUGUCAGGUUUUCUAAGCGUAUGUUAA